AUUCUAUCCGAAAAUGUUUUCAAACAGACAACAAUUAUUAGACAUUCAUGAAUAAAUGCACCGCUGUUUCUAAGGAACACCUAAAAUUAGCUGAAUUGAAACCACUACCACUUCGCGCCAAAUUCAAAUUCCCUUGCACGUACAUCCCGCAACUUGAAGUAUCCAAGGAAACCAACGAGCUCCCACAGCAAACCAUGUUGACCAAAAAGGAGAAACUGCUCAUUCGACCGUGGCAGAUGCAGCGCUAUUACAACCAUCGCAUCAAGGUGGAAACGGCAGUUCCGGCUAUCGAUUUCCAUCCGCCUCCGGCUCGAGCGCACAUCACGCAGAAGUUGAAAAAGCUACAGAAGGAACGCGAGCGAACCGAAAAGAUAGAACGGGACAACAUACGCCUACUGCAACGUUUGGGGGCGAUCAUGAGCAAGAAACGAUUGGAUAACAUUUGGACACACGCUAGACCUAAUUUCCUGAGUCGCGAGUAUAUCUACCCAAUACGUCCGAAAACGACAGGAUCAACAUCCAUUGACCAGGGCCGUCGCCGAGCAUCGAUUAGGCCGCUGGAUGAAACCGGCGCUGAGUCAGAAACUCCCGAAGAACCUUCAGGGCGACCCAUUCGUUGUAGCGCUUGCAGCAAUCGAACUAUUUACAAACCCAAUAAAGUCGUUCCGGAGGACCGAAUGCCUUGGGCGCCCCAAAGAACAACCACCAACCGGAAGCUGCUCAACGAAGCAGAAUCUGAGCCACAUGUAUGCUGUCGAUUCUGUUGUUGCAAAUAAAGCUUGCAUUCCGGAAAAAUGUUUCUUUUGAAAGUAACCCUGCUGGGAAAAACAUGGAGCAACAGUUUCUACGCGGACAUGCGCUACAUUUUUGUAACGUUUUAACCCCUACGGCCAUUCACGUCUGAUGCGCUAUAUUAAAACUAAUA